GAGAGAGACAGAGAGGUUUACAGUAAAACUGAGUGUUUAACUCUUGAGUCCUGCCAGUGCAGCUCACUGAAGGUUCCUGCUGCUCCGGGUCUCUGUCCGUGUUCACUGGUCCACAUGGACCUCCAGAACCUCCAGGACCUUCUGGACCUCCAGGACUCACCUCGGCCUGAUUGAAGCUCAGGUGAACGUGGUGGAUCUGAAUAAUCACCCUGUAGAGAUGUUCCCCAGGCGGUGCUUUGUUUGGAUACUUCUGGAAGGAGCUUUUUGUUUGUUGGUUCUUGGGCAACAUCACGGAAACUUCACGAGCAAGAGCGCAACACCUGAACUCGGCAGAGACCAAGACUCACCUGAACUCAGCAGAGACCAAGACUCACCUGAACUCAGCAGAGACCAAGACGCACCUGAACUCAGCAGAGACCAAGACGCACCUGAACUCAGCAGAGACCAAGACGCACCUGAACUCAGCAGAGACCAAGACUCACCUGAACUCAGCAGAGACCAAGACGCACCUGAACUCAGCAGAGACCAAGACGCACCUGAACUCAGCAGAGACCAAGACGCACCUGAACUCAACAGAGACCAAGACGCACCUGAACUCAGCAGAGACCAAGACGCACCUGAACUCAGCAGAGACCAAGACUCACCUGAACUCAGCAGAGACCAAGACUCUUCACAGAUUCAGAGCACCAAGCUACCCACCAGUCCCUUUAUUCCUCUUUCAAAGCAGAGACUUCUGGAAAUACUCGGAGGCCACUCAAAGUCUCACGCCAAUCCGUCUUUAAAGAUAAAGCUUCAUCCCGUCAUGAAAGUCCAGGUGGGGUCUAAAUUCUCCAGGACCUUCAGCUGGGGGGACUUCUACUCAAACAUCAAAACCGUCAAACUGAAUUUGCUGAUAAUGGGCCAGAUUGUGGAUCACGGGAACGGGUCUCUCGGAGUCUACUUCCGCCACAACUCCACGGGCGUGGGCAACGUGUCCAUCAGCCUCGUCCCGCCGACGAAGGAGGUGGAGUUCGAUCUGAAGCGUCAAAGCGUGGUCCACCCCAAAGACUCCAAGACGUUUAACUGCAGGGUGGACCACGAGAAGACGGAGCGCAGCAGGAAGGUGAUGCUGUGUAACUACGACCCGUCCAAGACCUGCGCUCGGGAGCAGAGCCAGAGCCACGUCACCUGGAUGUGCUCCAAACCCUUCCAGGUCAUCUGCAUCUACAUCUCUUUCUACAGCACCGACUACAGACUGGUACAAAAGGUGUGUCCGGACUACAGCUCCCAGAGCCCCGGCUCAGGUUGACCAGAGCAAUGUUUCAUAAGCCAUGAAGAAGAAAUCCAGUGUGAGCAGCUAGAUGGACAUACGUUGUUAAAAGGGAGUUUAGCUUUACUGUAGGGAAUAUGUUUAUCUUAUGAUUGACCAAGUCCUUUAAAGCACAUCCUGUGUUUUUCAUGCAAUAUUGUAGUAGACUGGUUUCAUAAAAUGCAUAUAAUCAGGGCUGCAACUAGUGAUUCGUUAUUGAUUGAAGUGACCAAUUAGUUUAAUUUUUAUUUAAUUUUAUGAUAUAGCAAAGUUGCAAAAAAGGCUCAUCGCAACCUUUACUAUCACAUAAGACAAGGCUGGAGCAAGACAGUGUUAAUUAUUUUAUUUAUUAAAGAAACAAACGAUUAUUCGGGUCUUAGAACAGCUGCCAAGGAAUCCACUUUGUUCUACACACUUCAUCCAAUAAUAUGCCCUGUGAUCUAGAUUAGAGCACACAUUUUCUGUUUUUAAAGGCUAAUAUAUCAAUAGAAAUACUUAAUAUAUUAGAAAGACUAUAGAUCUAUCAGGAUGCAAUGCUUUAACAACGCUCUUAUGUCGUAUUUAACGUGUACUUGUGUCUUUUGUCGUAUCCUAUGUUUUUCAUAACACUCUUUAAAGCUGUAUGUUCAUCAAUAAAACACAAAUAUGAGAGAGUCCUUUAAAACUGGAGUUACUAACCUUUGGUAACUUAAGGCUCACCUGUGAUUUUUACUUUUCCAAGAACCACAGAGGAGAAAAUGGGGCUUUUCAGGACUCCAUGUUUGUUAUGUCAGAUGACAAAAAUACAUAUUCUGCUUUCCCUCUCAUCAUAUUUAUACAGAUAUUUUUCUAAAAUGUCUUGAUUUACCCGUGGGGUCAAUUUGACCACAGCAAAUAAAACCUCCAGAAAAUUGUUAGAAUUUAUAUUUAAAACUUGAUAUUUCUUAUAUGUUUCACAGUGAAAAACAGCCUGGGGGUCAAAUUUACAAAUUUCUAAGUUGUGUACAGGACAUUGGAAACAUAUCAUGUGAAUUUGAGGUUUUUCCAGUUGUCCCCAAUAAAUUAGGAAGUCAUGAGAUAUAAAGCACAAAAAAAAUGUCAAUCUUUUUUUUUAGAGACGUUAAAACAUUGAAUGGAGUGAAAUUGACCCCAAAGGUAAGAGGGUUAAAUAGCACAUAACAGUAUUUCACUUGGUUUUUUGGUUUAAGAUGAUCACAUGUUUUCCAUGGGAAAAAACUAUUUUUAAAGCUGUCAUAAGAAAAGAAGAAAAAAACAUUUCAGAAAUACAUAUAUAGCUUAGGAGUUUAAAAUCCGUAUUAAAAUGCUUAGGUGUGUGGGCUACUCGAGUGCAGUACCUGAUAAGUUAGUCGACUGUUUCUGCAGGUUGCUACGGGAGUCAGAGCCGGAGGAGUUUCUGGUGAACCUGCCGGAAGCUCGGAUGAUGAGCUUUGAAAAUAACUAUAAAAAGUCAAUCUUCUCCCCGAUGAUCUUGUUUAAUUAGGUAGGUCAUAUAAAAGAGGCAUCAGUAUUAAAUUGAGACGGUUUCAUAACCAGUUGAAGGUAACCAACAGUAACUACAAACAGUAAAUACAAAGUUUUAACAUCUCUAAAAAGUACAAAGAUUUAGGAUUGAUCGCAAACUGAGAUUGCUUCAUAUUUAGCUUUAUGACACUGACAUUUAAUUUGAGUCAUUAAACUAAAAUAUCAUACAAACACUGGUCGUUCUCUCAGAAAUAUCUCGACUUUAGGUUAAAU